AUGUGUCGCAUUUCUACGCCCGAGAUGAGCCGGGCUGUACCCCUUCCGCCGCCGCCGCCGGUUUCCCGCCGCCGCCGCCGCCUUCCCGGAGCCGCCGCCGCCUUCCCGGAGCCGCCGCCGGUUUCCCGGAGCCGCCGCCGGUUUCCCGGAGCCGCCGCCGGUUUCCCGGAGCCGCUGCCUCCCCCUCCUACCGACUCAGUGGUCAUUGAGGAUGUGGCUGUGGACUUUACCCAGGAAGAGUGGGCUUUGAUGGAUGUUGCUCAAAGGAAACUAUACAAAGACGUGAUGAUGGAAACCUUCAGAAACCUGGUCUCAAAAAAUUUUUAUGCUGGAAAUAAGCCUUAUGAUUGUAAAGAAUGUGGGAAAGCCUUCACUCGUCCCUCAUCCCUCACUGAACAUACAAGAACUCACAGUGGAGAGAGACCUUAUGAAUGUAAGGAAUGCGGACAAGCUUUUAAACAUCGCACAGCCUUCACUAACCAUACAAGACUUCACACUGGAGAGAGACCUUAUAAAUGUAAAGAAUGUGGGAAAGCCUUUACCCAGUCCUCAUCUCUCACUGCACAUACAAGAAUCCACACUGGAGAGAAGCCUUAUGUCUGUGGCGAAUGUGGGAAAGCCUUUGCUCAUUCCUCAGUCCUUGUUACACAUAUAAGAGCUCACAAAGGAGAGAAGCCUUAUAAAUGUACAGAAUGUGAGAAAUCCUUUAGUCGUUCCUCAGACUUGACUAUACAUAGAAGAGUGCACACAGGAGAGAAGCCUUAUGAAUGUACAGAAUGUAAGAAAGCCUUUAGUCGUUCCUCAGCCCUCUCUCAACAUAUAAGAACUCACAGUGGAGAGAGGCCUUACGAAUGUAAAGAAUGUGGGAAAUUCUUUAGUCAGUCCUCAUGUCUCACUAGCCAUAUAAGAAGAACUCACAGUGGGGAAAGGCCGUAUGAAUGUAAGGAAUGUGGGAAAACCUUUUGUCGGUCCUCCCACCUCACUAGCCAUUUAAGAAGGCACAGUGGAGAGGGGCCAUAUGAAGGUAAGGAAUGUAAGAAAGCCUUUAGGCAUAACUCAUCUCUCACAUCACAUGUAAGAAUUCACACUGGAGAGAAGCCUUAAGAAUGUAAGGAAUGUGGGGAAUCCUUUAGUGAGUCCUCAUCCCUUACUAGGCACAUAACUCACAUUGGGGAGAGAUCUUAUGAACAUAAAGAAUAUGGGAAAGGCUUUAGUAAUUCCUCAGUCCUUACUGAACCUCAGUAA